CACUAAAGAAAGAAAGAAAGAAAAAGUUCGCGUGUGAUGUGUUUGUAUCCUCAGUGUUUUUCUCUCUUAGGUGUUUUAUUGAGUGCAAACAGAGUUUUGUCUCUGUUUAUUUUAGUGUAGAGAUGUUGAUGAUGACAGAUGAGAUGUGCUGUAAAUCAGUAGGAACUGAUCUGUCCAUGCUGGAUAUUGAUGAUUACAUCACAGAAAUCUCUCAGCUGAAGAAAGAGGUGGCGUUACUGGAGGCAAAACUGAGUUCAAGAGGAGAUUUAAGACUGAAACGAGAGGAUGUGGAUUGUUGUGAAUCUUCAUGGUAUGUGACUGAUGUUGUGAGUCUGGAUCCAGUGUGGAUGAGCAGAGAUCAGAGCCGCACACCACAGCCACUGCUGGACUCUAAACUCUCUGAAGAGAAAUCCAGACACACACAGAACUCAGAUCUCAGUCUGACUUUACUCUGUUAUACUGAGUCAAAGCCCACAGACACUCAGGACACUACAGUGUGUGACAGUAAACAGAGCUUACAGGAGGAUCAAACCUCUACAGAGUCUCUGGAUUCUGUCUGUAACGCUGGAGAACAGCAGCAGAUCCUGAAGAUGUGUUCAGUUAAACUCAUCGACUGCAGGGACAUCAUGAUGAAGAUUGAAACUGAACCUACAGAAAUCAAAACUGAACCCACAGAAGAGGAAGAUCACACUGAGGAAGAUCACACUGAGGAAGAUCACACUGAGGAAGAUCACACUGAGGAAGAUCACACUGAGGAAGAUGAUGAUUUUAUUCUGUCAGAUGUGAAGAGUGAAGAAAUAACGUCCUCAACAUCAAAAGAGCGACUGACAGCACAAACUCUGCACAAACAGACAUUCAGCUCUGUGACGGAGGAGAACUAGCCCUCCCCGCUGGGUAAUCAUUACUGGCAACCACACACACACACACAUACACACAUCGCAUUCACUUACCUCUCAUAAUCCAUCCCGUUUCCCCGGCUGUCGAAGCUGUGAGUGCACGCACACUCUGAUGGCACAUGGACAUGUUUUCACACCACUCUUCCCCUCUGUUAGCAUCCAAAACUUGGACCCUUCAUACACAUACAUUGUCUUUGCACCCACGCUGUUUUGUUUGUUUGUUUUGGUUAGCUGCCUUCGGACUGA